AUGAUGCAAUUCAAGAAGAUCAAGUACGACGUCGUCGGACUGACCGAGACGAGACGACGUCACCUUCUCAACGCCGUAUAUGAAACUGGAGAAGAACUGUUCUUAGGAACAUGCGACAGUAGAGGUGUUGAUGGAGUUGGCAUCCUCGUCAACACGAAUAUGGCAAAGAAGAUCGACUCUUUCGAACAACUUACGACCCGAAUCGGACGUCUGCGGAUGAGAAGAUGCGGUCCAACACCAUGGGAACUCGCAAUUCCAGAAGCUCUCCUCUCUACGCUGGACGUGGGAGUCAUCCAGUGGAGGGUACCGUAA